GUCUUUAUAUUUUAUUUCAACUGGGAUGAAAUGGAUUUUACCAAAGUCAGGAUUUUCAACACUGCAAAAACAAGAUGACAGACAAUUUAUUUGGUUAUGCCGGAGAUUUACCUGUCUUCCACCGGGAGAUGGCGCUGGACCCCUUUUAGACGCUGGAGGACGUUGGAUCCCUUGGAUCAUCGUAUUUGAAGCUGAACUCACACGGAAUAGACAGGAUCUAAGGACAUCACUCCAGAAAACUACUGCCACUUGAUGAGGGACCAGAUGAGGAGGAUUUAGGAGAGUUCUAUGACAAUGUCAAUGAUGACACCUUCGGAACUGGAGCUGAUGCGGGAGAUUGGGCCGAUGCUCAUGAGCGUAUGGUAGAUGAGUUCCAGUUUGGUGGAGAUCAACCAGCCGGAGCCCAUGGAGGACAGCAUGGUAAUAUGGUACCUUUCUUUGAGGAGGAUGACCUUGAGAAGAGUAUCACCAAUCUAGUUCUUGAAGAGGAAGAAUCUCACUACGAUCCAGCCAGCAGGACCUCUUCCCAGUCCAAGCCCAUCUCCAUCAAGGGUGGUCAGGAAUCCAGCAUCAGUCAACUGUUCGGGCCAAAGUCCCCGCCUUCGCUCUUCGACCCUACCGACUUCAUGUCCCCGACCCGUAACAUCUGGGGCUCCCCGGAGGUGCACCAGACGGUGGAGAUGCCAACGAAGCCAGGGGUAGCUGCCACAGAGGAACGGCUGAAGGCUAUGCUUCAUAUCGGCCAGGCCCCUCCCGGAAGGCCCGCCGACGAUGGAUGGGAGGACCCUGCUAUCGUCCGUGCAGUCAGCGACUCCCAGCCUGUGAAAAAGAAAGUCAUGUCCCUCGCCGAGCUUGAACAGGAGCUCAUGACGGGGCGCAAACCGACCCCAAGCAAAGCUCUUCCCGCCCGCUCCGUCUCGCCGGAGAUCGGUUCUCCACCCAUUGCCAUUCCGCUGCCAAUCGGCACACCACCCAGGGGAUCCAUGAUGCACCAUGCACGAUCGUCCCACCCCCCUAUGGAGCAACAGAAACAUUCUCCAUUUCCUCAACACAUUCAGGCCCCUCUGCAAGCAACUCCCUCACCAAUACAACAAAAGACUCCUGGUGUGGGGCAGUCUCCCGUCGUUCCCAUCCACCCGCAGCACCUUCAGCAGCUCACCCGCCAGAUCCACCAGUACAUCGGAGGGAGGGUAUCCCCUACUCAGAUCAGCCAACUCAUCAUACGCCUGCAUGCAACCGGUGGGCGCAUCUCCCCAAACAGCAUCCGCACGGCCGUCUUCACCUCCAUCCCUCCCCCCUCCGUCGACGUCCCGCGGCCGAAGGCCACCAACGUCGCAGGGUCGCCAGGCUUCCCGGGAACCCAGAGAUUGCCAUUCAAUGCGGGGUCCCCGCAGAUGCCGUAUUCCUCGUCUCCGCGGGGGAUGAUGAUGGGGUCAAGUCCUGGAGCUAACACCCCUCCCAUGCACAUGGGUGGCGGUAGAGGGGGGCGGUUCCCAAGAGCGAUGCAUGGCCUUACACCCAUGAACCCAAGGAUUCCGCCUGUACACUCUAGACCCGACCAAGGCGGCAUGAACAGACGCUACCCAUACAGUCCACAACAGAGAGGUCCUCAUCAGAACAUAGGGAAAUAUGGUGACGGACCACGUGCCCAGCGGCAGAUCCGUUUCCAGCGCGGCGGGGGCGGGGAUAACCAGUACCAUCGUCGUGGAAACCGAGGGGAUUAUGAUGAGUAUUCCUGUUUGAUGUCGCAGAAGGAGAAAGAAUGGGUGAUCAAGAUUCAGAUGCUUCAACUGACAUCAAACAACCCUGCUGUGGAUGACUUCUACUACCAGAAUUAUAUGGCCAGAAAAGCGGCAAAGGAGAAGGACCGAGAGGAGAGUGGAAAGAACAAUGUACAAGGAAAUGAUGGCAAGAAGGAGAAGAAACUUGUAUUGCGCCCUCUAGAGAGCAAAGCCUAUCAGCCAGCCCAAUUUGAAGGUGCCCUUGGAAAGUUGACCUCAGCGAGUGUGAACAAUCCCCGUCAGAUCAUUGAUAUUCACAUUGACAACACACCAGAUGAGGAAGAGGGAGGAAAGGCAAAGGACCAUAGUCGUCGACGUCGGACACUCCUCGCUAUCGAGCGCCUGUUCAGCCUCGUCCUCGAGUUAGAGGAUCUGGAUUUGCUUGUCAGAGGCUUACCUGAAUCAGAUCGCGGACCCCUCUUGGAGAAAAGGAAAGGACCUCUGAUGAAACUGUGUGCUAUGCUGAAAGGAGAAAAGGGUGAUGGACUUAGUGAAAGGACGCCCAGUUCUCUGUUCCAUCAGGUCCUUGGUAUCCGUAAGGGACGUAAGCUGGUGAGCCGGAUCUUCCCACUCCUUGGAAAGGAGGAAGUGUUUCCUAUGGUUGAGACUCUCUUUGCCGACCUCACCUAUGUCUUCAAACAGGAGGCUAAGGACCUGAAGAGGGAUGCAAUCGAAAGUCAGAGGGGGAGGUUAGAUGAGACGUUACCCCAGCUGUUUCCGCCGCUAUCUCAGGUAAUCCAGGAGAGUAGUCUCAUUGACCUGACCUCGCUAGUUGGUGACCUCCAAUCCCAGAUCCCGACAACCCCCACUGCCACACAACCCAAGGGGUCAGCAGUCAUCGCUGGUGCUAUUCAAAACAAGCUUGGUGUAUCUAUUGUUAUGUGUAUGUUGAACCGUGCUGAGGAGGUUUAUACGUCUACUACGGAAGAAUCGCCACCUUUUCACACGCAAUGGUAAGUCCCUUUAUAGUGAUAAUAAAAUUAAUAAUAAUUGGCAUUUUUAUAGCGCUUUAUCAAUCAACAACUGCUCAAAGCGCUUUACAAUUAUUACCUGGUCACUGGAUUCAUAGCAUUUCAAGCAGCCUGUUAGGCACACACUUGCUAAACCAACCACAAUGACGGUUGUUUCCUACCGGUACCCAAUCAGCACCUGGGUGAGAGUGGCAAAGUGUGGAUUGAAGCCUUGCCAAAGGACGCUAGGCCAUGGUUGGAUUCGAACAAAUGACCCGCUGAUUACAAGGCGAGAGUCAGAACCGCUACACCACGGCAGAACUGCUGCACCAUAAACCAAAUUUGUGACCUGGGGCCUGUAACACAAAGCACAGCGAUGAUCGUAGAACAUUUUUCUGUGAUUGAUUGCAUUGACUACAAUGUACAAUCAAUCGUUAAAAUCAGGCAUACGAUCAAUCGCUUACCUUUGUGUUACGGGACCCAGGUUUUGCAAAACCCACAAAAAGUCGCCAGAAAUGAAUUUUCUGGUAAAUAUCCCUACUGAAAGAGGAGAUUCUCAUCUUUAAAAUGAUAUCCUUCACUACACAGAGAAGAAUAUUUACUUCCAGUGAAUGCUACUUUUGAGAAAGGGGGGAUUAAAGUUGACAGGUCUGCUAAAGCCCACUUACACUCAAACUUUUAUGC